AUGCACCCUCCAUCACGGGUGUUUCUUCGGAAAGUACACAAGAACUUCACUGUACAAACUAAGGAUGGCCACGAGUACGAGAUCCCGAGAGGGCAUACAGUAGCAAGCCCCGUGCUUUUUAAUAGUCACCUACCUCACAUCUAUAAGGACCCUGAUGUGUAUGACACAAGCAGUUUUGGACCCGGGAGAGUGGAGGACAAAGCCAGCGGUAAAUUCACUUACGAGGCAUUUAGUUGUGGGCGGCAUAGUUGCAUUGGUGAGGCUUAUGCUUAUCUGCAGAUUAAGGUGAUGUUGAGCCAUUUGCUCAGAAACUUUGAGCUCAAACUGGUGUCUCCUUUCCCGGAGACAGAUUGGGGGAAGGUAGUGCCAGAGCCUAAAGGAAAAGUAAUGGCAACUUAUAAGAGGCAGCGCCUGCUUACCUAG